AAUUCAUCAUUAACAUUUUCCACCGUUAAAUUUCAACUUAAAACUUAAUACACCAAAAGGAGGAACGCUUUCUUUCUUUCUACUCCUUUUUCUUUUUUUGAUAAUAUAGAAAAAGGAAAAAGAAAUCGUGAAACGCAGUUGGGAUAGUGUGGCUAAGUCUGUGGUGGUGGUGGGUUUUCUCACACUAAUAAUUCAAUGGUGGGUGUAGUCUCAAAACCAGUGCCAACGACCGUUGUCUUGUAUAAUACAUCUCUUUCUUCCACUAAAACACCUUCAUCUUCUUUUUUAACUUUAUUCAAGAACUCCAUUUCAGAUUCCAGUGGAUUUUCUUCAAAAAAUACCUAUUUUCUCAGAGGUCAAUUUUGUAGCAGACAGCUCAUUGGGUUUUAUGCUCCAAGAAGAAAGCAAGCAGGAUUUGUGGUGUCACCAAGCUGUGUCCUUCCAUUGACUGAAGAGAAUGUGGAAAGGGUUUUGGAUGAGGUACGGCCUGGGUUGAUGGCUGAUGGGGGUAAUGUGGCCUUGCACGAAAUUGAUGGCCUUGUUGUGGUACUCAAGUUACAAGGAGCCUGUGGCUCAUGUCCGAGUUCAACAAUGACACUAAAGAUGGGAAUCGAAACUCGCCUUCGAGAUAAGAUACCAGAAAUAAUGUCAGUGGAGCAGAUUCUGGACACUGAGACUGGUCUCGAGCUAAAUGAGGACAAUGUAGAGAAGAUUCUUGCAGAGAUUAGACCUUAUCUUGCAGGGACAGGAGGAGGGAUACUUGAACUUGUACAAAUCGAUGACUAUGUAGUCAAAGUUCGGCUAAACGGCCCUGCAGCUGGGGUUAUGACAGUUCGGGUUGCACUAACUCAAAAAUUAAGGGAAAAAAUUCCGGUCAUUUCAGCUGUCCAGCUUAUGGAAUGAUAUACAGAAACACAUACUUUAUCUACCACAACCAGAGUGUAAAGAACCAUUUACUAUUCCAAUUUCUUCAGAAGAAAAGAGUGUAAUUGAACAUGUAUUCAUUUUGUUAUGGCUCUUAAUAUCUGUUUCCCCUCUAACUGGGAGAGGGUAAUUUUUGAGAAUGAGACUAGUGAUUGAAUGAAUAUCAUGCGUCUUAUUGCUUUGUCCCACAA